AUGGCAGAGCUCGAUCCCAAGGUCGCUGCUAUCAUCGACGCCACCAAGGGGGACGACUCCGACGAAGACGCCCUCAUAGCAGAGCUGGAGAAUGACUCGGCGCUGGAUGCCUUCCGCGAGCAGCGCCUGCAGCAGCUUCAUGCCGAAUUCAACAAAACACGGCAGUUGCGGGAGAGUGGCCAUGGAACCUACGCGGAGAUCAAGGAUGAGAAAGAGUUGAUGGAUCUCACAACCAGCACGAAGCUUUGUGUGGUCCACUUCUUCAAACCAGACUUCAACCGCUGCAGGAUCAUGGAUACACAUCUCGAUUCCCUUGCGCCGGCUCACUACGAGGCUCGACUCCUCAAGAUUAAUGUCGACAAUUGCCCGUUUCUAGUCACAAAAUUGAAGAUGCAGGUGCUACCCUGCGUCAUUGCGUUUAUAGACGGCGUCGGAGUGGAUCGUAUCGUUGGAUUUGAAGGCCUGGGUCGGACGCCGGAGAACUUCACCACACGGGAUCUGGAAGCACGUCUGAUACGAGCGAACGUUCUCGCAAGGAACAAAGUCACCGAAGAAGAUGAAAGACUUGCAGCGCGGAGGAGAAAGGAGAGCCAAAAAAAUGAUGAGUCCGACGAGGAUUGGGAUUGA